AUGGCUCAACAAAAUACAUCACAGCCCAGUGGGGGUGGUCGCCUGCUCAAUACCUUCCUCAAUCGCCCCGUUGAGAAUCAUGGCUCGGGAUGGUCAGAUUUAUGGGAUCAGGGAGAAAGUGGCCUCUGGGACCGGGGAAAAGCUUCGCCAGCCUUGGUAGACAUUGUCGAACAAGAGCGUGAGCUUUUCAAUCCCUUGACUGCGGAAGGGAAACGAAAGAAGGCACUUGUCCCAGGGUGUGGUCGCGGGUACGACGUGGUCAUGUUAGCAUUGCAUGGGUUCGACGCGUAUGGACUGGAGAUAUCCGACACCGCCGUCAAGGAAGCUGAGAAAUACGCAUCUGAGGAGAUGGUGAAGCCAUCCGCAUAUCAUUUUGGUAGCGAACAGCGCCAGCCUCAUACCCGUGGCUCGGCGACAUUCUUCCAGGGUGACUUCUUUACCCCUCAAUGGGAUUUCAAAGGGGCCGUUGACGAAAGUACUAAAUUCGAUAUUAUCUACGACUACACAGUGAGUUUCACCAUUCAUGCUUGUGAUGAGUUCAAAGUUGCUGAUGUCCUUGGGCAGUUCCUAUGCGCUUUACACCCAGAGCAACGAAAGCAAUGGGCAGCAAGUAUGGCUCGGGUGACAAAGUCAGACGGUCUUCUUAUCUGCUUAGAAUUUCCUUUAUAUAAGGACCCGAAGUUGCCAGGGCCACCUUGGGGAUUGAAAGGGGUUCAUUGGAAUCUGCUAGCUGAGGGGGGUGACGGAAAAGAGAGGAAGACUGAUAGUUCAGAGACCGGAGAUUUCCGCAGAGUUUUGUAUGUCAAACCUGCCCGAUCAUAUGAGGUUGCGAAGGGAACAGACAUGAUCAGUGUGUAUGCCCGCAAAUAG